ACUGUGAGCACAAACGUCAGUGAGCCGACAGUAUGGAAGCAUGGACUGCAUGGAUCCUGUUGAUAGUCACUCUGCAAGGUGCUGCAGCACAGGACUGUGGCUUGGCACCUCUAAACACAAAGAUAGUGGGUGGUGGAAAUGCCCAAGCGGGGUCAUGGCCAUGGCAGGUGAGCAUACACUUCAAUACCCUCGGGAGCCACAUCUGUGGGGGGACCCUCAUCAGUGACCAGUGGGUGCUCACUGCAGCUCACUGCAUCGUCACACGGACAUUGUCUUCAUGGACCCUCUACUUUGGAAGGGAGACUCAGGCUGGGCCCAACUCUAAUGAGGUUUCCCGCAGCAUCACCAAGAUCAUCGUUCAUCCCAACUACAACAACACACUGUUCAACAAUGACAUCGCCUUGAUGAAGCUCAGCAGCAGCGUUUCCUUCAAUAACUACAUCAGACCUGUCUGUCUGGCGAGCAGCUCCAGUCGGUUCUACAGCUCAACGUCCUGCUGGAUCACCGGGUGGGGCAAGCUGAACAAAAAUGAUUCUUUGCCCAGUGUUCAACCACUGCAGGAGGUUCAGAUUCCUGUCGUUGGAUACAAGCAGUGCAGCUGCAAUUAUAAGGGAGUAUCAGGCGUGGAAAUCACAACAAACAUGAUUUGUGCAGGUCAAGAGAACAAAGGAGCAUGUCAGGGGGACUCUGGAGGACCAUUGCAGUGCAAACAAGGCUCAUCCUGGAUCCAAGCUGGAAUUACAAGCUUUGGAAUACCAUGCGCAUUGAAGGGUUACCCUGAAGUCUACGCACGAGUGACUGAGUUUCAGGAUUGGAUCACAGCCCAAGUUGAAGGAGCAGCAGUUAACUUUGUGACUUUUAGUUCAACUGGUAUUGACCCGGAUGCCAAUUUUGUGUGCAGCAACCAGAGCAGCAGCAUGAGCUCUGGACAUUCUGUCAAGCAGUCUGUUAACUCAGCAUUUUUCAUCUUAGCUGCCACGUGUCUUUCCUGCUUUAUAUUGUAGUAAAUGAAUUUAAUUAUUAUUAAUCAAUUUUUAAAUUUAUUUUUCUCUAUUUUGUCUUUUCCAAGGUUGAAGGCUGUGUUAUCAUUUGUACUCAUUUGUGUAAAGUUUACAAUACUGUUUCAAGAAGGA